AAGUAAAGAGAUUAAGAUAAAGAUUCUGCUGCUUCAUGUAAUAUGGAGGAAGGAUUAUAUGUGGUUACUGGUCCGUACAUUUACUCUGUACUCAGUAUUUUCAAUAAACUUAAAAAAAAAAUAUUUAAGAAAAAAAGAUGCAAAGAAUUGUGAAAGCUGUGAAUUCAUGCCAGCAAAUGGUGAAAGCUGCAAUAUUAGAGCAUUCAUCACAUGGGAGAGACAGGACCAAAAUAGAGAAGAUAUUUUCCCGUUUUGGUUGGUCUUUAUCCGUACAAGAGAAAGGAUUAGAAAAUGUAACGGUGGCAGAGGUACUCAUGGCCAAAGGUGGAGAAAAUACAGGCUCUUGGCUCUGUUGCCAUUCAGACGACAUAGUCAAUGAUGCCGUUAAAAAUAUGGCUCGAAACAACAUCGGAUCUUUAGUUGUACUAAAGCCGGGACACGUACAACAUGUUGCUGGGAUCAUUACAGAAAGAGAUUAUCUAAGGAAAAUAGUUUUAGAAGGAAGAUCUCCAAUACAUACAAGAGUAGGAGAAAUAAUGACUGAUGAGAGCAAAUUAAUUACAGUGAAAUCUAACACAAACAUUUUUGAAGCCAUGCAGAUUAUGACAGAGAAACAAAUUAGGCAUGUUCCAGUAAUCGAUGGUAGGUUGGUUGGCAUGAUCUCUAUCAAGGAUGUUGUCCGAGCAGUGGUGCAACAGCAAAGUGGGGAACUUAAACGAUUGAAUGAGUUCAUUAAAGGAGAUUACUAUUAGAUUCGAACUAUAAUAUAAUUAUGACUACAGCUAAUGAAUGUUAUCAUGUAUGGUAUCAAAUAAAUUGUCUUAAAGCAUUUAAUAUGAA